UUGUGUAUUUGUUUUGGUGGAUGGUGAAUAUGACAGCUGAUAGAAAAAUCGAUUCUUAGCUAAGCAACCAAAAUUAGUGUGAAAAUUUUAAGAAAACCAGAGAAGACGGAAAAAACUCCUAAAAAUGACUAACGACCAACAAAAUCAAGAACAGGAGGCAGAAGUGGAAAAUGUCAGGGUUGUGGUGCGAGCUCGACCUAUGGAUAAAAAUGAAAUAUCCGCUGGAUCAUUGGGAGUCAUCAAAGUGGACAAACUCAAGAGAGCCAUUACUGUUGUUAAACCCAAUGCCACAGCAAAUGAGCCACCCAAAAACUACUAUUUUGACAAUGUUUUUGAUGGUGAUAGCAGCCAACUGGAUUUGUAUGUGGAUACUGCUCGCCCCAUCGUGGAAAAAGUCUUGGAAGGAUACAAUGGAACUAUUCUGGCAUAUGGACAAACGGGAACGGGCAAAACCUAUACAAUGUCAGGGAAUCCUGAAAGUCCGCAGACAAAGGGAAUAAUACCAAACGCUUUUGCUCAUAUCUUUGGUCAUAUUGCCAAAGCUAAGGAGAAUCAAAAAUUUCUGGUUAGAGUCAGUUAUAUGGAGAUAUACAACGAAGAAGUCCGAGACUUGUUGGGCAAGGAUGUCACUAAAAGUUUGGAAGUUAAAGAGAGACCUGAUAUUGGUGUGUUUGUCAAAGAUUUGAGCGGUUAUGUUGUUCACAAUGCUGACGACCUGGAAAAUAUUAUGAAAUUGGGUAAUAAAAACCGUGUAGUGGGAGCCACAAAAAUGAACCAGGAAUCGUCUAGAUCUCAUGCUAUAUUCUCUAUAACUAUUGAACGCAGUGAGUUGGCCGAAGGAGGACAGCAACACGUGCGUAUGGGCAAGCUGCAACUAGUCGAUUUGGCUGGUUCCGAAAGACAAAGUAAGACUCAAGCCAGUGGCCAGCGUUUAAAGGAGGCCACAAAGAUUAACCUCUCACUCUCAGUAUUGGGUAAUGUCAUUAGCGCCUUGGUGGAUGGCAAAAGUUCUCACAUUCCAUACAGAAAUUCCAAAUUGACUCGUUUGUUGCAAGAUUCAUUGGGUGGAAACUCCAAGACCGUCAUGUGCGCCACUAUUUCCCCAGCUGACACCAACUACAUGGAGACGAUCUCUACAUUGCGCUAUGCCAGUCGCACCAAAAACAUACAGAAUCGCAUGCACAUUAAUGAAGAACCCAAGGAUGCAUUGCUUAGGCACUUCCAGGAGGAAAUCGAACGCUUGCGCAAACAGCUGGAAGAGGGCUAUGAAGAGGAGCCCCAAGAGGAGGAGGAAGAAGUAGAGGAUGAAGAUGAUGACGAGGAAAUCGAAGCCGAAGUCUUGGCCGAAACUCAAAAUCAAAUGACUGAGAGGGCCUUAGAGAAACAACGCUUAAGAGAGCUCAAGCUGGCCAAGAAAGAAGCUUUGGAAAAGCGCAAAAGGGAACACCAAAUGGAAAUAUCGAAAACCAAAACGGAACAGGAGCAGUUACGUAACAAACUCAUGUCAUUGGAGGGUAAGAUUUUGGUAGGCGGCGAAAAUCUCUUAGAAAAGGCGCAAACACAGGAGGAACUAUUGGAUCAGUCCCUACGCGAGCUAGAAGAAAGAGAGAAAGCCGAACAAGUACUCCGCGAAACGUUGCAACAAAAAGAAACCGAACGCAUUGAUAUCGAGGAACGAUAUUCCUCACUGCAAGAGGCCAACACCGGUAUCACCAAGAAAAUCCACCGUGUUAUGCAAAUGCUUAUGGGUGUCAAAUCUGAAUUGGCCGACCAACAGCAGGAGCAUCAACGCGAGAAAGAGGCCAUCUAUGAGAAUAUACGCUCGCUUUCCCGCGAAUUGGCGCUAUGUGAGUUGGUACUCAACUCCUAUAUACCCAAGGAAUAUCAGUCGAUGAUUAACCAAUACACCCACUGGAACGAAGACAUUGGCGAAUGGCAAUUGAAGUGCGUUGCCUACACAGGCAAUAACAUGCGUAAACACAUUACCGACUCCAAGGCUUCUAAUAAGGAUUCCAAUGACUUUGUCGAUUUGUCGCAUGUUUAUCUCAGCUACAAUUCCGAUUCCGUGACUCAACCUGUACGGGUUAAAUCCUCAAUUGCUUCAGCACGGCCACGCACCUCAGGCGUUCCCAGACCUACGACAGCACGGCGAUAUUGAGCUGAUCUCUACCUUCCCUGCUGUGUGGGAUAUCGAGAAAUGUACGAAUCUUCUCAACUAACUACGGAAUUUUUUGCUUCUCUCUUCCGUUCGCAGUGCUGGUUUAUCUUGGCUUUAUUUUUCACCUACUAUUGUUUUCACUUGAUGGUCUCAUCGUCGAGGUCAUAAGCACACAUGGGCACGCAACAUACGAAUACUCAUACAUACGUUUCUAAGUAUCAUUUAAAGGCAUUUCUUAACGAAACACCCUAAUUAUCCCCCGAACGAAAUCAAAAAAACACUCAACUUACAAACUAAUUUGUAAUGGUCAAACAAGAACACUCUACAGAUAUGUGGAUGGAUGGUUGGAUUCCAACACCAUUUUACCAUAAGUGCAAUACAUACUUACAAAUAUUAUAUACAUAUAUCUAUACUCUAUAUAAUUAUUUAUUUAAUUUUUGGCAUUUACACUUUUAAGCACUAUGGACAGAUACAACAUACUAAAAUCCUGCUGCAUAUUACAAUAUUUUAACAAUGGCGAAGUUAAAGUGAAAUUUGAUUUAUACAAACCUACACCAAAAUACUUACAAUAAAAAAAAACAUUUAUAAUGAUGUAGACAACACAAA